AUGCAAUAAAGCAAGUUCAGAACUGUUUCACCUGUCCAAUUUUAAUACAUAUCAACUCCUUCAAAUUGUUCUGUUGGGGGGGCCUUAAAAAGAAGCAAGAACUUGAAAACUCAAUCACCAUAUUCUUCAUAAAACAAAGAAGGUCUUAACAAUCUAGCUUAAGGAGAUAAUGAUAAAAACAAAAAUAGAUGUAAGGAGAUCGGGAUUGAAGUAGCAAAAUUUUUAUAAUAAAUCAAUAAAAAUGAGAGCAACUUUACUUCUAUGUAUUCUUCUAUAGUAGGAAUUGAUAAUAAAAAUCAUGAAGACAGUUAGGGAGAAUAAUAAUACAAAUUAUAAUAACAAAAUCAAUCUCUAAUUAAAUAAAGUGAAAUAUAACAAUAAGAGAUUGAACAAUGGAAAUUAAAAUACGAAUAAGCUGCUAGGUAAUUAAAUGAAAUGAGAAGCAAAUAUGAUGAGGAUAUAAAAAUAUUAAGCUAGGAAAUUCAAGCAGUUAAUGAACGAAUUACGUCAUGUGAGCAAUAAAGAAACUAUAGUUUUUUUGAGUAGAAACCAACAGGCGAUAAUUUGACUAAUAUGAGUAUGUAGACAUUCUAAAGAUCAUUAAAUGAGAAUGAUAAUUAAAUCGAAUAUAACAAACUGUUAGAUGAAAUUGCAGAAAAGAAUUCAAUCAUUAAAAAUUUGACUUUUGCGUUAGAGAAAUAAAAGAUCGAGGUCUCUGAAGUAUAAUUGAGAUCUAAUGGAGAAAUAGAGUAACUCAACAAUAGAAUAAGUUAGAUACAGGUGGAACAUUAGAAUCAAAUCCAAUAGUAAAAAAUGAAGAUGGAGUUCUAUCAAGAUUCUCAAGUUUAGAAUAUGAAAAUAGCUUAUAAUAAUUAGAUAGAAAUAUUAAAGGAGGAAAUUAAUUAAUUGAAAUGUUUGAUUGAUAUUAAAAAUUAGGAGAUACAAACUAUAAAUAACUAAAAUUAAAGAUUAAAAUAUUAAAUUGAUUUAGAGAACAAUGUAUUAAAAUAAGAGAAUGAAGUAUUGAAGUUUUAAAUAAUGAAAAAAGAUUAAUAAUAUUUGGAAGACAUUAAUCAAAUCAAGAAUGAUUAUUUUUAAAUGUAAAAGAAUGAGAUUGAUUCGAUUAAACAAAGUUCCCAGAAACAAGUCUCUGUUUUAGAAAGCGAAAUCAAAAAUUUAAAGGAAUUCCUAUCUGCUAAUAAUUCAGAAUAAUAAUAAUUAAUGAUUGAAAGAUUGCGACAGAGAGAGUAUUAUGAAGUAGAAAAUCAAAAAUUGAGUAGUAUAAUAGAAGAUCAAAAUAAAAGGUUAUUAUCUUAGAGAUUAUAGUCAGAAAGUAUAAAUGAUGAAUCAGUCAAGAAAAUGUAAGAUAUCCAAUUGUAAUGCCAGUUAUUACUUGAGGAGACAAAUUAGAAAAUGGAAUAAAUAAAUAGAGAGAAUGUAUUUUUAAAAAAUUAGAUUAUACAUAAAGAUAAUGAAAUCAAUAAUUUUGAAAAUAUUUACAAAAAGCUAAAUAAUUAUGAAGAGAACCUUUUAAAGCUGGAGGAAGAAAAUUUAAAUAUUUUGCAUCACUAUGAAUAACAGGAUAGACAGAAACAAAAAGAAAAAGAAUAAUACAUAUAUUAAUUAUAAAGAAACUUUGAAAAUCAAUUAAAGUAAUAUGACUUUUAAUUACAAAAUCUAAUUAAUGAGAAAAUAGAAUAUAUGCAAAUGUUAGAAAUUAAAAACUAAGAAUGCAUAGAUUUAAGUUUAGAAGUGAAGAAUUUAUAAUUAAAAUAAUAGAAUAUUAGAAUUGAUAAUGAAUUGUUAUACAGUAAAUUAAUAUCUUUGAGUAACACUUAGGAGUCUAAUAGAGUAUUAAACGAUCCAUUCAAUAAUACAAUAUAAUUUAAAAGGAUGUCGGAGUAGAUAUCCCUUUUAUAAAAUGAAUUAAUGAUAAAGAACAAAGAACUUACGUAGAUGAUAGAUAAAUACUAAUAAUUAGAGCAGAUAGCCUGUCAAAAUCAGAUAAAGUAGGUUGAUUAAAGUUUGAAUGACUUAAUGAAGAAAUAAAUAAGAAAAAGCAGUCAAGUGUUAAACUAAUGA